AUGUCUAAGAAGACAGUGAUCAGAGCUGAUCUCGUCGGCAGCGGCUGCAAGAUGGCCAUCCUGUCGACCGUCGCCAAGCUAGAAGGGAUCAAGUCCAUGGACAUCGAUGCCGAGAACUGCACGCUGACGGUGGUCGGGGCGGUGGACCCGGUGGCCAUCGUGCUGGAGCUCAAGAAGGCGUGCCUGGCGGCGGCGAUCGUCAGCGUCGAGGACGACAAGCCGCCGGCGCCGGAGGAGCCGGAGAAGGAAGACGACCCAUGCUGCCGCUGCGGAGAGGCAUGCGUGCAGGCCUGCGAGGAGGGGUGCGUGCGUGGCGGAUGCUACUGCUGCUACUACACAGCAUUCAGGCCCGCGCCGCAUGGCUCUGGAUGGUACUGGUAG